GCCAUCGUCAGGUGUUGCGCUUCUCUCCAAGUUGGCUAGUUACUCUUGGAAGGACAACUUUACUUUUUAUUUGUUCCAGUUUUAAUUUCAUGAGUAUGAUGUCAGAUGGUGGACGAAAAGAACGCAAGAUGAGAAUAUCUUUUUCCACAUACACAAACAGCCAUUUCAACUUAGUAAUUUGGAAAUGGAAGAGUGGUGGAAGCAGAUUCACCCAGUAACUUUGCAAAGGAAUUCGGGUAUUAUGAAGAAAAUAUAGUAUACUGCGUUGGUCUUCACAGUAGGGGACACGAAUAACAUGCCAGUGAUUGACAAGGAGCUGAAGUGCUACCCAUUACUGUAAUGGAUCUGUGGGACAGAAUGAAAAAAGGCAAAAAAUGUUUAGGGAGGAAACAGUGAAGAUUGACGGUAGUCGCAAGUGAACUGCAGUUUGAUGAAUACGUGAGUCGGUGAUUGAAGCCGCUGCGGGAUUAUCAUCCGAACCUACACCUGCCAAUGUGAGUGUUUCCUUUCGUGGUGCACAGAUCUACAAGAUGGGCUUGAAAAUCUUGCUUUUUGUGCCUAACAUUAUUGGUUAUAUAAGGAUACUCCUUCUGCUGGUUUGCUGGUGGACUUUCAAUUAUCCUACAGUGUUUUUUCCCUGUUACGUGAUUUUUAUUAUACUUGAUGGGCUUGAUGGAUAUGCAGCGCGGCAGUUAAAUCAGGUUUCUGAAUUUGGAGCUUGGUUUGAUGUUGCUAUUGACAACUUUGGGCGUACAAUGUUGUGGUGCUUGCUCUUUAAGUGGGGACAUUUUAUAAGUAGCUUAGAGUGGUGUGUUUUUGUAUGUACACACAAUUCCAUGGGAGCAGACUGGAAGAACAAGUUUGGUGAAGGUCCUUGGUGGGUUCGGAAAACAAUGGCAAAUGGUUUUAAAACUCCUGUAGGAGCAUUUGCUAUCUUUGGAUUACACGUACUUCCAAUUUGGCUGUAUGGUUACUAUAAUCAAAUUCUAUCAGCAACAUUUUUGAUGCCUCUUACAAUGCAAUGGCUUAUCAUUGCAUUUCUUGUUGCUGGAAGACUUCUAUGUAUGGCAGUGGAGUUCUGGUGUAUAUUUAUUCACAUUCUGUACCUCGUACGAAAUGAAAAGCAAACCAAAGAAAAGUAAUGGACUGAUUUGCAAAGAUACCUAAAGCAAUAUUUCCAGGUUCAGGUAAUUGAUUCCUGCAACAUAAAGUUCCACUACAAGUUGAUUGUGGAACAUUUUUGCAAUUUAGUGCACCUCGAGAGGAUUUCUCCUUUUGUGCAGGAUUUAUGGGGAAAGGAGAAGUAAAAAGACAUGGAACUUUUUCCUAUUUUUCUUGAAUCUAUAACAAUCACAGUUGUGGACGCUUUGUCAUCAAAUGAAUUCUGUAUUUUAUGAUUAAAACCUUUUAUAAUCUUUUUUUCACGCGGAGUUUUAAAAGAUAUUUCUUAAAAAAAAUCUAAUUCUUCAUGAUAAACAAAAAUGGCUUAGUUUCUGCAGGUCACAGUAAACACCAUGAAUGACUCCAUGAAGAAUAAUCUUCAUUCAUAUCUUUUCCAAUACUGCCUAACAAGCAUGAAGCAUUUUAGCUACAAUUGCUCAUUAUUACAAUACAUGACUAGGAUGCUUAAAUUACCUUGAUUGACUGCUGUAUGGCCAGAAAAACAAAAUUAAAAAUUAAAAUAAAUUCAUUUAGCGUUACUGCUGAACACUAGUUGCAGUGCUUAGCAGAGGAUUCUGCCAUUUAGAAUUUCAGAAACUUAAAUUUAUUUGCUUUAGGUUACUUAGUCUAAUGAAAUAUAACUUGUUUAGUUCAUCUUUUAUGCUAACAAACCCACUUGUUAACAACUAAAGCAUUCCU